AUGACCACCAACAAAGAAGAGCGCCCAGUGCAACCAAGCCUCUUCUUCCAAUCUCACAACGAAAAGGGGCCAGAAACAAUCCUUCUCAUCCACGGCGCAUGCGGCAGCAGCAAAGAAUGGGACAAAGUAAUCCCCCACCUAACCGACCAAAACUACCACGUCCUCGCCCCAGACCUCCCAAUGCACGGCCAAUCCGUCUCAAUCAAGCCCUUCAACCUCGACACAGCCACAUCAGCCAUCUUACACAUCAUAUCCGCACACGCGAAGAACGGCACCGUGCAUCUAGUCGGUCUCAGUCUCAGGCGCUCACAUCGGCGCAUGUAUCGCCGAACGCGCGGCUCCGGGCCAAAUAUCCUCAGCAAUAUUAUGCUCACGGAGUUUCCAACGGAGAUGAGGCAUUUGCGGACUGGGCAGUCGUCUUAUGGACUAAUAUAUGAGGUGAUUCGGACGCUUUGUGAGCCGCGGCCGCUUGGGAAGAUUCCCGUGCGGACGUUGGUGGUUGCAGCGCAGAAGGACUCGCUCUUGCAGAGGGAUAGCCUUGAUUCUGCGAAGAAGUUGUUUGCGGCUGUGGAUGGGGGUAGAGAGGGUGGGAGUCGGGUGGUGCUGCAUCGGGGGAUUCUACAUGCGUGGCAUAUGUUUGAGCCGGUGUUAUUUGGGGAAAUGGUUGUUCAGUGGGUUGGAGGGAAGGAUGUCAGCAGUGAUUUUAAGGAUAUCGAGUGA